GAUAUCCAUCCCACGUGCGACUUGGUCAAGUCAUCGUUCAGGUUACUCCCCGAACCUUUCUUUUCAUCGCCGUCCUAUCUCAACCUCGAGAAUCUUAAAUCGCGGCUUGCGCGUAUCCGGAGCGUUGCGCACGGGCUUCCUCAGGCAAACUUUGACCUUUUGAAGAGGAUCGCCGAACAUCUCGAUAGGUGA